UGUUAUUAAAAAUCAAUGUUUAAGUCAGAUCUAAUCCUAAUCAUAUUCACACCUGACAUUUUUUUACAAAGCAACAUAUGGUCUCUCGUGGCCAACAGCAAGUCUUAUUAUUUAUAACAUAAAUAACAUUGUUAAAACUUUCCUCUGCACCUGAACACAUUAUAAUCUUUUGUAAAUAUUCUGAUGACUAUGAAAUAUAAAUCUAUUACAGUUAUUACACAGUCUGUUACAAUGUGAUACAAAUCUCUUUGAUUUUGACUGGAAAGAAUGCAGCUAUUGCAUAAAACAACCCUCUUUAAGAGAAAGAGUGUUUAAAAUAAACUGAUGAACUAAUUGGGAGUUACGAAAUCUAAAGGAUUAUCAAGCUUUGGUACUGACUGCUUUAUGAACUAAUUGGGAGUUAGGAAAUCUAAAGGAUUAUCAAGCUUUGGUACUGAGUGCCUCAUGAACUAAUCGGGAGUUAGAAAAUCUAAAGGAUUAUCAAGCUUUGGUACUGAGUGCUUUAUGAAUUAAUCGGGAGUUAGGAAAUCUAAAGGAUUAUCAAGCCUUGGUACUGAUUGCUUUAUGAAUUAAUCGGGAGUUAGGAAAUCUAAAGGAUUAUCAAGCUUUGGUACUGAAUGCUUUAUGAAUUAAUCGGGAGUUAGGAAAUCUAAAGGAUUAUCAAGCCUUGGUACUGAGUGCUUUAUGAACUAAUUGGUAGUUAGGAAAUCUAAAGGAUUAUCAAGCUUUGGUACUGAGUGCUUUAUGAACUAAUUGGUAGUUAGGAAAUCUAAAGGAUUAUCAAGAUUUAGAACUGAGCGCUUUUAUGAACUAGGAAAAAGGCAAAAAUUGGACAUUUUGAACAUAAGGAAAGUAACAAGAUGUUCUGGAAUGCAAGCUUGGAAUCAUUACAUUGAUAUGAAUUGGAAAAUAGCACAACAAUCUGAAGCAGUUUAUAAUUUUCAAUAGCUUACAUUGAAACCUAAUCUAAGAUGGCUGGUGAGGGAAGAUAUCUAUUAGGGUCAACUGAUAACAUCCUAAGAGAACAAUCAACUGGAGCAAUCAACAAAGCUGCAGAUGACAGUAUUGAACUUGGUCCAAGGACAAUAAAAGAUGACCCAAGUAUGGAAGGCACAUCAUAUCACAGAAUUAAAACUGCUGUUGGAUGCUGUGCAUGUACAAAAACUAACAGAAACAAACUUUGGUUUCAGAUUAUUCUCUUCAGUUUAGUUUUGCUUUUUGAUGUGGCAGAUGUGUUUUCUGAUUGGUCACUUUUCUGUGAUGUCAUUAAAAUCAAAAGAGGCCUAGUUUUUGGUCCUCCUGAAACUAGAAUUAUUUAUGCACUACUUUGUUUUUCAGUUUUAGGAACAAUAACAUUUUCAGUAGAAAUUGUCAAUGUUUGGCUGGAGAUUUUCUAUCACCAACCAAUAAUAGACCCUGAAUUAGCCUCUUUGUGUACAAUCUGGAUAGAAGAUGUACCACAAAUAUUUAUAAAUAUUUUUAUUGCUUUGUGUCGAGAGUAUGCAAUUAGUUAUUAUCAAGUUGUAAAAGCUGUAGUUAUCAUUCUUGGAAGUCUAGCACGUGUUUUAAUGGCAUUAGUUAGAUUUGUUGAUCGUCAACAAGACGAUGAGACAGAAGAUAAACCACCUAAAACUGGACUUAGACAUUUGACCUAUAGAGUCCUCAUUAUUCUUGGUCUACUCCUUCUCUUCUUCUCAUCAAUUACCUUAUGUUUCUUGACAUUAUUUGAACACACACCCAAUGGAUAUAUUAAGUUUGGAACCCCGAAAGGACUGUAUCACGGAAAAUAUGACAGUGAAAAGUUUUUCAACAAUGUCAGCAUAUAUCUCAAUUUACCCAUUUUAGAAUUUGACAACACAACUGACAAUUCUAACAUAAACUGGAUAAGAUUAACUUCUAUUUACGACAUAAAGGAGCGAAACAGUGAUACGGUCAAGCUUUCCUAUGAUAGUUCUACAAAAACUAAAUUUGUACUAUGGCAUUCUGGACUGACAAACCAAUCAAUUUUAGAAGCAAGAGAAUGCUUUCACUUUAAUUCUAAAAACAAAACUCUUUUAAAAGGACCUAACGACUGUGAAAAUUUUCUGAGAAAAGAAUCAACAAAUUCUGUGAUUAUCCAGUUUAUAUUGAUUCCAGAGAAAAUUCCACAACUUGCUUUUGGUGAUAUCCAUUAUAAUAUACGUUUUCGAGAUCAAGACGGCUGUCAUAACAUGACCAUACAGGCUGUAUCUGACAUCAGCCAUCGGAUCAAUGGAGGUUACUAUCAUCCUGUUAUACAUUAUUACAGAAGUUACUUCAAUGUCUCGGGAACAAAUCAUUUGGUGUGGGAAUCAGCAACAAAUCCAAGAUUUUAUCACCAAAAGACAGACUUGAUUGAUAUAACCUCUGUAUGGAAAACAGGAUUUGCAUUCUGUGAAAGUACAGGAAGUUUGGCUCCACAUAAAGAUUCUUCUAUUGGGGUUAAUUGCAUUUGAAUAAAUUACAUUUUUUUCUUUUCUUAUCAUCAUCAUCCGUGUGUUAUAUCAUUGAAAUUCCUUCAACUAAGAUUCCAUGUCCCUAGUACAUUGUACAUGGAAUAUAUCGUUUUUUGUCUUGUAUUAAGGGAUAAUUAUGUUAUAAUUUUUUGUAUAGGGUUUUAAAGGAUUGCUCACAUUUGAUAAAACAGUUCAUAUGAGAAUUAUUGUUUCAUUAGCAGACUUAUGCAUACAUCUUUUAUUAACAAAUUAUUGGUACUUAGAUUUAUUGUUUUUUUAUGUAAAGAAUGUGGAAUUAUGAUAGAACUAAGAAAUCACAUUCAUAAUUGCUGACCUACAUUGGUAAAUGGGUUAUAAGCAAGGCUUCCAAAACGGUCAUAUAUUCCGGACAUUUGUAUAAUGUCCGGUAAAAGUCCGGCUGGGCAAAGCAUGAAACGGACAUCUACUUUUUAGUUUUCAAGGCUUAAGAGACGGUCAUUUUAAAAAUAAUUUCGCGAUUUUUUUGACCCAACCUUUUGCCUUUAACAGCCACACAUUUCCGGUCAUAAAAGUGACAUGAUCAUUAAGUACUAUCAAAACAACCCCUACUUUAAUACCUUCUCAUUUAAUCAAGGCUAAUUAGUUGUCGAACAGCUGAAAUUUACCUGUUCAGGUGACAGGUAAACUAUUUUGAACCGGACAUUGAUCGGUCUAUUCAAAGUUAUUUUCUUACAUUUCAGCGGUUUGCAUCUAAUUAAUUUAGUUAAAAAGAUUUAAAUUGAUCAGAAAUACGUUAACAAAUAUGAUUUGAUGAAAAAAUUAAAAAGGAGAAAAUGAAAAAUCAUAAUAACCACGUUGUUUGAACCAGAGACAUGUCUCUGUUUGAACUAGUACACGUGUGCGCAUGUGCACAGGUGUGAAAUUGAAUUGUGAAUCCUAAUUCCUUCAAAAAAUGCUUAAAUUGUCAUUGAUACCUUUAUCUCACGUUUAUUUCGAAUAUUUUCUUGAAGAAAUAACGUAGAAAGAGCUACUUACACUCAUUCAUGCUUUGUAAACGUACACGGAAUUUACGUAUCCGUCUCUGGUCCAUGUUUUACCAUUGUCAAGAUAACAUCCGGUUUAGAUUUAAAAACGAAAGUAAAGUUUUUGACAACGUUAUUUUGCACAAAUAAAGAGUCUAAGCAGAUAUAAGUACGCUGAUGUUGCACACUUCGAAUGAUGCACUGCCAAUUUAACAGUUUAUGUCAGAACUUCGAAUUUGAAUCAAAGAAAGUUUAAUAUCGUUUUUUUUUUAAUGUCAAUCAUUCGGAUGGCCAACUCGGCAACUGAUUACCAUAAUUGCCUUUUAUUUAUUUAGUCUUAAGGGAUUAAAAUCGGGAUAAUAUAUAAAAUGUCCGGCUGGCUAAAAAUAAUUUUGGAAGCCCUGGUUAUAAGCUUUGCAACUGAGCUCUAAAUAAUCACAUGUACACAUAUUUUAAUCUAUUUACAUUGCUAAAUUUAAGGGUUUCAUAUUGGAAUGGUAUUGUUUUGCUACAACAGGCAGUAAAUGUUUUGUGGGGUAAAUAUUCAAGAAAGAUAACUCUUCAUACUCUACACAAAAGAUGAUAAUAGCUUUAAAAACUUUUGUUGGUAUAAAUGUUUAUCAGCUGUUGCAACAGAGCUUUAAUGCAUUGAUAACAUGUGCAUACAUGUAUAUAUACACAUAUAUUUUAUCUAUUUUCAUUACUAACUUUUAACUUUUUUAUUCUAGGAAUUGUUAGUGUUUGGCUACAACUUUUAAUACAAAUACACAAUUAAUUAUUUUCUUUUUUUAAGCAUUUAACACUAUCUAAUCAUUAUGCAAAGGAAUGUGUUUUACAAUAACUAAAGGUAAAUGUUUACAGUGCAAUAUGAAAUCUCAGCAGCAAUAUUGGCCUUGGUUAAUAUUCUAAAUACAGAAAAGGCUGAGUGAGAGAUAAAUGACCUACUUUUGUCAGCUGACUGUGUAUGUAAUUGUUCUAUAAAUUGUUAGAUAAAAUUCAUUUACUAUGUACAAAUACAUCAUACUGUUACACUGAAUUAUAAAACAGAUGAAUUACAAAUUUUCUGUAUAAAAAUUUACUUACCAUACCUUAAGCUUGUUACAAAACUAUG